AUGUCGGCGCAGAAGUCUCCCGCUAUAUCCCCCGUCGAGCCCAUCCCCGCACGACCCUCGACGAAGCAGACAAAAGUCAUGGCGUGCAUAUUUUGCCAGCAGCGUAAGAUCCGGUGUGACCGGGAAUUUCCCUGUGUCAACUGUAUGAGGGCUUGGGUUCCUUGUGUUCCCGCUGCUGGUCCCCGCCCGCGACGACGUCGGUUCCCUGAACGUGAGCUGCUAGAGCGUGUACGGCGGUAUGAAGCUCUCCUUCGGGAGCAUCACAUCCCGUUCGAUCCACUACAUCCAUCAAGCGUGGAGGUUCCAUCCCCGGGCACCAAUGAGAAAGAUUCCGAUGUGGUGGCCGAGACAACCUCAGGUUCCCCUGGGACGGCACCCCAUCGAUCUCCCAGUGAGAGAUCCAGUGUCAAGGGGGAGACGACAUCGUAUGAGGCGAAGAACUUCUGGCACUUGAUGAAUCAUAUGACACUUGAAAACGAGGGCGAGGAUAACAACGGGGAAGGAUAUAAAAGCAGUUUCUCGCAUGAUGAUGUCCGUGAAACAGCUGUCAAGAAAGCAUGGGACGCAGUCUAUCCGGGCAGCAACCACAAUAUCCUCUUUGGGUCUGCCAAGGCCAAUCUCAAUAUUUCAGCUCUGCACCCGAGCCAACUUCACAUUGUGAAGGUCUGGCAAAUCUACUUGGACAAUGUCAAUCCACUCUUAAAGGUGACACACACCCCUACACUACAGCCAUCCUUGAUUGAUGCGGCCGGGGAUGUCACAAACAUCAGUCCCACGUUGGAGGCCCUGAUGUUCAGUAUCUAUUCAGUCUCUAUCCUCAGUCUAAGUGACAAGGAGUGCUUCACGACGUUCAAGGCACGGAAGGAAGAUCUUUUAAGAGGAUAUCAAUUUGGAUGCGAACAGGCUCUAUUGAACUGUAGAGUGUUGCAGACCGGGAGUCGGGAGUGUCUCACAGCCUUAUUCCUCUAUCUGGUUUCUGUCCGACCAGUUAUGGACCCUCGGUCUCUUUAUUCCAUGCUUGGCUCUGCUAUCCGCAUUGCACAACGUAUGGGGCUUGAUAACAAGGCGAUGUAUGCUCAAUGCUCUGCUCUGGAAGGGGAGAUGCGUCGAAGGCUCUGGUGGUCAAUAGUCAUUUUCGAUAAUCGCAUCUGUGAAAUGUCCCAUCACAAAACUACUAUGUUAAUUCCGACGUGGGAUUGUCUUCUUCCUUUGAAUGUCAAUGACUUUGACAUACAGCCAGGGAUGAAGGAUCUACCUCCAAGUCAUGAUAAACCCACAGAGGCAGUCUUUGCCGCUGUACGCAGUGAGAUGGCGCAGUUCAUUCGCUAUAGUGCCUUCCAUCUGGAUUUUACAAGCCCGUCUCUCAAAAGGCUUACGCAGUCCAGCACCGGCGCGGAUAUUCACCAACUGGAACGAUUCGAAAAUGACCUUGAGGAUAAAUACCUCGCGUUCUGCAAUCCUGACAACCCCUUGCAUUUCAUGACACUUUGGACAGCAAGAGGCCAGCUGACCAAGAACCGCCUGAUGGAGCACUAUUCACGAUAUGCUUCGGUCCAGCAGACAGACGCCCAGCGGAACAGCGCCCUUGGCUUCGCGUUGCAGAUCUUGGAAUGUGACACCAAGAUCAUGACCUCCCCGCUUACCCAGAGGUACCUCUGGCUAGCUCAAUUCCACCUCCCCUUCCCCGCCUACCUCCAUAUCCUCACGGACCUGAAAAAGCGCCCGAUAACCAGUCUCGCAGAAAAGGUGUGGACAAUCAUGAGUGAUAACUAUGAGGCUCGGUUUGCUAAUAAACUGAGCAACCCCGAUCCGUUCUUCGACUUCCUUUGCACCCUCGCCCUGCAGGCCUGGGAAGCAUGCGAGGCAGUAGCAAUGCCUGUGCCAGGGUCCCGACCCCUUCAUGGACCACCAAUGACGAUCCCGCGGAUAGUCGCAGAUAUCAAGCAGACGAUGCCGCAAUUUGCGCCAUCCGAUGCCCUCCAGCGUGACUAUCCCUUGAAUCUGGCCAUUGAUGACUUUUUCAUGUCCAUGCCCAUGGACUCCGUCGGUCCGGAACUUGGCUACGGACUGGAAGGGCAGGGUCUGCCAGAGGGCGACUUUUUUCAGCCAACAGUAGACGCGAGGAUCAAUCAGGCCGAUUGGACGAUGAGUUGGUAUCCGAGAGACGGUCGGAACUUGUGA